CUUCCUAAUAUCUACCCGCCAGCGACAAAGCUCGCUCAAUAUUUUUCCGUAGUCUGUAUAGUUUGUCACUUUCAGUGAAGAUAUUCACGCCGUUUUUCAGUUGAGGUUGUCUCAUUGUAAUAAUCCAGCAGAGAGGUGAUUUCAAAAUAAGAGGACCUCAAAAUGAUGUCCGAAGUUACCGAUGAAGACCUCUACGGCAGUUCCGCUUCUGAUACAGACGAGGAUGAAUUUCACAAAUGGCCUCGAGUUGAAAGAACAUCAAGGUUUUCGCUAGUUUUCUUCAUUCUUGGAGUUUCUCUGAUAGCGCCCUUCACCACAUUCGUUUGUGCGGCUGAAGAUGUAUUAGCUGGAACAAAUAAACCCACAGGAUUGGUGAUUAUAUCGUUAACAGCUCCUUCGUGCAUCCUCAAGCUAGUGUCGUUGUGUUUUCAUCAAGUGUCGUACGUCGCUCGCGUGUUCCUCGCAGCUUCUUUCGUCCUAACGGGACAGUUGUGCACCGUGUUCAUUUCCCACCUUGGAGGUCGCCUGGCUGGAGUUUGUUUAGUAGCUGUUGGAACUGGAGUUGGAGAAGUUUGCCUUCUUAUGCAAGCUGCGAAAAUGCUGGAAGAAGCUGCUCUAUGUUCGUUUGUAAUAGGAUCUGGAGUUGGAGGAGUUCUAGGUGCUGCCUCUUACGUGGGCUUGACAGUCUGGGCCACAGUAGACCCAAGAACAGCGAUAUUAGCGUCGGCAAUAUGGCCGCCGUUGUUUCUACUUUUGUUCGCAGUUUCAAGGGGAAAUCUUCAUCUCGUCUGUAAUUCUCAAACUUCUGGGUUAAUAUCACGGUUUGAACAGCGCAAAUUUGAAGUAGACUGUCGUUUGACUUCACGUUGGAGAGAAAGAUCUUUGUCGGUGUGGAAAUCGAGCCAUCACUUGCUGAUUUUGUUCCUGGUGUAUUUUGGAGAAUACGUGGUUCUUUCGGCAAUUCUGACGACACUAGUAUUUAAGGGCACAGGCGUGGGUCCAGAAUUCGUUCCACGGGGACAUUUUGAGCACUAUGUUCUGAGCACCAUGGUUGGAGAGUUCCUUGGUCGAACUUUUAUUUCCAUGCUCCGCACGGUUUCGCCAGGAUUUUUCUGCACCUCGGCCCCAGUGCUCGCGAUUUUUCCUCUAGUCGAGACCUUUUUUCUUUUACUAGCGACCUGGUACCGACUUGUUCCAGAGGUGUGGAUCAUUUGGCUGCUGUGCUUCAUCCAGGGUACAAUUUGUGGGAUGAUUUUCUCGAACUCAUACCACAUAAUCGCAAAAAGGUUCCUCUCGCAGCACGUCACAUUCACUAUCACGCUUGCGUCUAUACUAGAGACCACUGGUAUUCUGACUGCGGGCCUGGUUGGCUUGCACAUCGAACCCCUGCUCCUGGGACACUGUACUCAACAUUUUGGAGAUAGAUCGGAUUGUUUAACACGAAGUACGGACCCAAGUUUUUGGGAAUACGGAAAUCAGUUCAACUAUGAUAGCAGAACUGCAUUAUCGCUAUAGAGAGAUUAAGCACCACGUUUACGUGAAACGCGAACGGGAACAAUGACUACGUGACCUUGUUUUUCCCGCCAUUUUUUUACGUUUGCCGGUUGCGCUUUGCCGUUUCUAUGUGGAAGUAACCUGUUUCUAUAACGACUACAAUAUUUUGGGGCGUUAAUCCCGCGCGCGUUGCUCGGAUGUAAAUAGCAAAGGACUCUUGGAGUUUGAGUAGGCAAUCAGAGCGCGUCUUCAUUGCUAUCCACUGUUUUAGUAAAUACUAUCUUCGCUGUAAUCCAAUGGUAAAUAUAUAAUAUGGUAUAAAUUAAUAAUCAUCGCUAUUUUCGCUGUAAUCCAGUGGUAUGUUCAGUACAACAAUAGCAUUUCUAGGUACUUCGGAAAUAAACUAAGUACCGAACACUUAAAAAAAAAACAUUACAAUCAAUUUUUUUUACCUUGUACUGAGAGAGUGAUCGAUCGACAGUUUUCGUGCAUUUCUGGUAUACUUGAAAUAUCACAAUUCUGCAUUUUAUUCAUUAAGCGUUUAUCGAAGGAAGUCAACCAUGAUCAAAGCAGUCAUUUUUCAGAUUUCUUCCUCAAAUUCCCACCUUUAUUCAUUCAGGGUCAAAGAGGAGUGCUUUUAAGAUUCACUCGGCCAAUAACUGUUCAGUGACUCUAGCCCUCAUUCGUGAAACAGAGUAUCAGUGACAUACUCCCGCAUUUUAAAUAUCAUAUUUAAUAUUUAUAGAACGACAUUAAUUGAUAAAGCUAGACAAAGUUAUUUAACAUUAACUUUUGCUUUUAUAAACCAAUAAAGAGGUGAUAACCAAUUUCGUGA